AUGGAGGCUGAGGCAAAGCGAAUCGACACCAUUUACAAGCUUAGCCUUCGCCAUCCCUACCCUCCAUCACCGCUGCAUAAGCAGACGACUGCCGAGCCCAACCCACCAGACCGGCCCCAUGUCAUGGGGACUCCAGCUCUUUUCUGUGCUUUCGUCCGCUCUUUUAACAGGCGAUAUUCCUGUGGGCACAAGACCAAGAUUCGAACUCCAAGUAACCUACAUCCCAGGAGUCAACAACUCAAUCACAGAGACCCACUCUCUGGUGUAGUGGCGCAGGUCUUUGCCAAAGAAUUUGGUGUGGAGCGUAUCAGCGACUUUGUAAAAGCAUAUGAUCUCAUUAUUGGAAAAGUUGUUGGCAACAUCAAGAAAGGAGUGGACACAGUUGUUGAUCUUUUCAAUGGUGAAAUCAGCAUAAGUCAACUACUUGACAACUUUGCUCGGUCAUUUGACAAAAUCCCCAGUUUCAUUUCUGAUUUGAGAUCAGUGGCUACUAGGGCCGUGUCCCGACUGGCUCAGUUUGACCCAGCCAAGCUCCCACCUUCCUUCAGAGGCGUCAUCAAUGUUGUCAACAAGGCUGCUCAGCUGUUUAGUGACAUCAAGACAGAUGUUAUGGAAUUCUACCAGGCUGUAAGUGAGGCAAUCACUGUUACUUUGCCCUUGGCAGCAGAACGGAUCUGGAAGUCUAUUGUUUCAGUUGGAGAGUCCAUGAUGGACUUAUUGAAAUCUCCACUGAAGGCCAUCGGUGACAUGUUCAAAGGAAUCCUCAACAUUAAACUGUCAGUUGAUGAAAUCAGAAAUGCCAAGAAGCAAAUACAAGAAGCCCUCUUCUUCAAAGGAGAUCAGACACCCUACUGGUUUAAGCUGCCCAAGAUCAUCCAAGACAUGCUCCAAGAGUUGGGGGAACACCUCAGCAACAUCAGACGAGAUCUUGCCACCUGGAUAGAUGAGGUUGACAGCUCGUCAGAUCCCAUCAAGAUGUUGACUGGUGGCACAACAGACUCGUUUACAGUGAGGAAACAAGUCCAAGCUGAGAUUGAGUCUAUCUUCCAAGACCUGAUGGGUCCAAUGCAGCCCGUUGCAGAUCUCUUGAGUCCCUUCUUUGAUCUGUGUGACCAUGUAUUUCGUGCUGUUGGAGCUGUAAAGGAAGCUUAUGAGACUCUCAGGGAUGGAUAUCGAAAGUCUCAAGCUCUUGUCAUAAAACUGUUUGGGCCCAAGGCUCAUGACAUAUUUCCCAGGAAAUAUAGAGAGCCUGGAUCUGGUGCCUGUGCAUCUGGAGGAUUCUACCCAACGGACUCUGCUGGACAAUAUGAACAUCAGGGUGUUGAUCUGGAAAUACCCGCAGGGGCAAAGUUGGUGGCCCCAUUUUCAGGAGUCCUUUUCAAGAGUGAGGGCAAACCCAACCAGGUGACUCUCGUCGCUGGGGGUGGCGCCUUCCGUAACAUCAGGAUCACCAUUGACAACAUUGAACCCAACAGAACUCUGUCUGAAACCAAUGGAGUGAAUGUGAUAGCUGGCACUGUCAUAGGUACUGUGGGCCAGUCAACAACCUGCAGACCAUCCAACUACAUCCACCUGUCCAUGAAGAAACUCAAGCCAAAUCGCCUGGCGUCAUUUCUGGACAGUGCCCUGGAUGACGAUCCAUCAGCUGCCCAGCUGGCGGCAAGGGAGGGAUACGUGGACCCCAGCAACUACGUGGCUAAUAGACCGCUGACAAUGCCCAAGUGGAUUCAACAAUGUGAUGAUUACAAACUGGUGUGGCUGGGAAUGACAGUGUUGGAAGGUUCUUUACUGGGACGUAACAAGAACAGGACAGAGGAUACAAGUCCAGAGCGCCAACCUCCCCCUGACAUGACCACCGAUAGACCUGACCCCAGCAAGAUACCACCUAGAUGGCCAUCCUCUCUUGAUCAAGCAUUGUCAGAAGCCAAUAAACAAGAGACUGAAGAUGCACUUGGCCUCCCUCAGCCCCAAAAGGGCUCAGGUUCUCCAUUCCAGAACUUCACGUUGAGGAACUUGAAGAUCGGAUCCAUUCUGGCAUUUGCCCGUCGACUUGGACUGGAAAAAACUGCAGAUGAAUUGCUUGCUGUUGUCCAGACAAUUGUUAAACUUGUGAGCGAUAAGCCCUGUGUUCUGCCUGAGUCUAUGUCUGACGAUUUGCUCAGAAUUGAGCUUCAACAACGUGGCCUGAGCUCUCAAGGAGACAGGAAAACAUUACUUCAGCGAUACAAACAGCCUGACGAUCGUUGUCCGCUACUUCAAGUUUCCUUGCCCAAGAAUGUGUACUGUAAGAUUGACCCAAGCUGCCUGGGUGUGGAGUGCUGCAUGAAUGUCAAACUCUUCAUGGUGUCUCUGGCCUUCAAGGCGUUCAUGCGUUUUGACCCGUGCGAGUUCCAGUUUGUCCUGGGAGUCAAUUCCUGGAACCACACAAUCCAGAUCCUGGAGGCCGAAUUUGGAAGAGAAUUGGACUUGCCAGUGCCCUUUGACAUACCAUUUGUUGAAGGAAUGCAGCUACUUCUCAGGCUCACCAUUGAUAAGAGCCCUACUAAACUACUGGUCAGCAUGUCUGUUGGCCUCUGUCCAAAGACCGGAGAUGCAGACUGCUUAUCAUUCGUCGACAUGCUGACAGAUUCUGCCAUCCUUUUACCAAUUUGUCUUCCCAAUGGGACCAUCACAUGGCCAGAUAUUGAUCUUGAGGAAUAUUUCUCCCGUGCUAACCUGAAGAGGAUUCUUAAAGAGACAGGAGAGGAAACACUGCAGGCUGGGGCAGAACUUGCUUUGAGCUACGCAAUGGACAAGCUUGGCAUACCGAAGGAGUUGCUGAGUAGUAAGGAAACCUGCCUAACACCAGCCACCAUGAGUGAUUCACAACUGAUUGCUAGCCUGAAAGGCAGACAACUUGUAACCACAGGAACCAGGAUGGAAUGGGAAGCAAGGCUAUCUGAGGAUGACAGAACUUGUAAGUUCUUAGCCUUGCCAGUGUUUUCUCCUGAGCUGGCUCAGGUGGCCUACUGCUCCCUGAGUGACAACUGCCUCCGUCUGGACUGUUGUCUGGAACUCAACCUCCGGAAGUUAAAAUUCCGCCGAUCAUUCAAAGCCUCCGUGGAGGUGGAUGCCUGCGAUUUCACCUUUAUCAUUGCAUUUCAGCACCUGAAGUACAAGAAAUUGCUACUGAGUUAUGAGUGGGGACAACUGCAGCAGCAAAACAUUGGUGUGAUUGCCCUGAAAUAUUCCAUUGACAAACUGGAUGCUGAGAAGGUGUUUAAGAUCAACUUUGGGGCAUCUGUCUGUCCCAGCGGCGAGGAUUGCAUCUUUGAUUUAGACAUCAUCCAGGACUACAGGGUUCCCAUUCCUGUCUGCAGCUCCAACUUUUCAAUCUCCCUUCCAGGAGGCAAUACCCUGAGUGAGUUUGUGGCUGCAGUAGGUCGAAAUGCUGGUCAGCAGGCGGUAAACAUCUUUCUGGAGUACAUUGGACUGAGGGAUAAGAUUAAUGAUGGACGUUGCAACACUACAGCCCUGGUUGCCGUAGAUGAAGAAGUUUGCACCGACGUAAGCCUACCAGCACUGUCAAAUGGACUGACCUGUCAGCUUUCACAUGGAUGCCUGGGCAUUCAGUGCUGUGUUGAACUUGAUGUGCAAGUCACCAUACUGUCGGUCAAUGUGUGGCUGAUUCUAGACCCAUGCAAGUUCAUGAUGUCGGUUGGCUUUGGAAAGUGGUCCUUGACAUUCACCAUAUUUGACUACCACUGGGGUACCCAGGAGCACAUUAAGAUUGGCAAAGCCUUGACCCUCAUCUACACCAUCGACAAACUGACUGAGGCCAAGGUGUUUGUGCUGGAUCUAGCCCUGUCCCUCUGCCUGCCAGAUUCAGAGUGUAACACGCCCUCUAUUGACAUCCUCAGGAAAACCCAAGUGCCGAUUCCACUCUGCAAUGAGAAUGCUACAUUCACUCUGCCAGGGGAUGGAACUGUUAAAGGCUUCCUGCAGGUGGUCAGCCAGAAUACUGCAGAUUUAGCCAUAGAUGCCAUUCUGAGUCAUCUGGGGCUGUUUGAAUACAUCAGUCGGGAGCCAUGUGUACGUCCACAAGUCACACAGAAUGGUUGGCAGAGACUUUGUCCACGGGAAGUCAGGCUUCCUCACCUACCCAGAAAUCUCGUCUGUACCCUGCCAGAGAAGUGUCUCGGGUUCGAUUGCUGUCUGGAGCUCCCAAUCCCAGGAAUCGCUCCCAUCAGCACUCGGAUCUCCUUCGUCUUUGAUCCUUGUAACUAUCAUCUGUCUGUGAGUCUGGGCAGCUUCAGCCAGGAGCUGCAAGUCUUGUCCUAUCAGUGGGGUCAAGAAGAAGAAGUCAACAUUGGGAAGGCUGUUACAAUACGUAUGACCAUUGACAAGUUGAAUGUAGAGGAGUCCUUUCAGAUUAAUUUGGAUAUCUCUUUCUGCUUGGACGGUGACUGUACAACCACACCGGUGCUCCGCGAUGCAUUGGUCCCCAUCCCGCUCUGCAAUCUCAAUGUCUCCUUUGAGCUGCCAGGAGGUGGUAGCUUUGCUGGACUGGCCCGGACUCUUGCUGAGGAUGUCGGGGAGUUGGCCAUCCAGGCUGGCCUCCGAAAACUUGGAAUCCAGCAAUACUUGGACAACCAGCAGUGUGAAAUGGUGAUACUUGCCCCAAGUGAAAACAAAUGUCCACUUCUGAGGUUGCCAUCUCCGACCAGCUUCCUGACCUGCACAGUGGAUGACCGAUGCCUUGGCCUGACAUGCUGUGCCUCCCUGGACCUGAUCUUCACUCAGUUGUCCACUACCACUUGGGCUGCCCUAGACCCCUGCGAAUUGAAACUGUCUGUUGGGCUGGGGUCGUGGUCAAAGAAUGUCACGCUCUUUGAAUACGACUGGGGAGUGGAUAAGGUGCUUGACGUCAGUGAUUCUGUGCACAUAAUGUAUAAUGUUGACAAGCUGACGGCACUGAAGGAAUUUCAGAUUGACCUCUCGGUAACCCUGUGCAUAGACGGCAGCUGCAGACCCAUCCAUCUGCUCCAGGCAGCUCAUGUGCCCAUUUCGAUCUGCAACUCCAAUGCCACCCUCACCUUGCCUGGGAAUGGCACCAUCUCUGGCUACCUGGAGAGCUUAGGGGGUCAAGUCACUGAAGCAGCCGUAGAUAGGGUACUAGACCAUUUGGGAUUGAAGAAUUUCCUGUCCAGAGACAUGUGUAAUCUGCCCCCAGUGCUCGGAGCAGGCAGUGACAGUUGUUCAGUGCAGUUUCCUGACAACCUUCCCAGCUUGUCCUGUCAUAUUGGCAGCCGUUGUACAAGUUUUCACUGCUGUCUAACGCUGGAUCUCAAGCUGACCCAGAUCAGCACCAAGGCCUGGUUUAUCAUUGACCCAUGUGACUACAAGGUGUCUGUUGGGCUAGGAAGGUGGUUCUUCAAUGCAUCCCUGUUUUCCUACAAGUGGGGAGUGAUGGAAAGUUUUAUGGUUGGGCAUGCUCUCAGUGUUAUGUUUUCUAUCGACAAGUUGGAUGCCACAAAGGAAUAUGAAGUGGAUCUUGCCUUCUCCCUCCUCAUUGACGGCGUCACCACAGACCUUCCCAUCAUGACUGACCAGAGAAUCCCAAUGCCCAUCUGCAAUGCCAACUCCUCCCUGGCCUUGCCUGGUGAUGGCUCAGUGAGAGGUUUCUUAGAGGAGCUGGGUUACAAUGUCGGACAGGCAGCCAUCCAGCUGGUCCUCCGACGACUCAACCUACAGGAUGUUACUACUGGAAAAGAGUGCAAGAUGCCAUCAGGGAUAGCAACCGUCUCCCACUGUCCUGUCAUCUCACUUCCCUUCCUGGAGGAUGUUGUCAAGUGCUCCAUCGAUGACCGUUGCCUUGGCAUCCAAUGCUGCAUCACCCUAGAUUUUGUCAUCACUGAGCUCAUGCUGAGCAUAAGGAUUGAAGUGGAUCCAUGCAAUUACCAGCUUUAUAUGGCCUUUGAGAACUGGGAACUGAAUGUCACCUUGUUCAGCUACACCUGGGGGACUGUGGAAAAAAUCAACAUUGAAAAUGCAUUAAUGUUGAGCUAUUCCAUUGACAAGCUGACAGCAGAGAAAGUCUUGUCUGUGACCCUCAACAUCAUGCUGUGCAUUGAUGCCGCAUGCACCACAACCCCAGUACUGGACCAUGUCUGGGUUCCCAUACCAGUGUGCAACACCAAUGCCACCUCAUUCGCCCUGCCUGGUGAUGGGACAGUGGGCGGAUUCAUACGACAGCUGGGUGGCCGUAUUGGAAACUCUGCUAUUGACCUGGUGCUGGAGAAACUUGACCUGAGUCAACAUUUGCUGAGUACACCAUGUGAUGGAGGAAUACCAGGCACUUUGAGAAGUGGUUGCCCAGCUGUGGAUAUCACCCAGCUUCCUGACUCUCUCACUUGCACUGUCACCGAUUCCUGCCUGGGCAUCCGAUGCUGUCUAGAGAUGGACUUGAAGAUAACUACUCGCAGCAUCAGUGCCUGGGUCAUGCUGGAUCCGUGCAACUUCACCGUAUCGGUGGGUUUUGAGAAGUGGGAACGAAGCGUCACCUUGUUCCAUUACCCUAUGGGAGAUGUCAUGGAGGAGGUUGUGAAUGAUGUCCUGAGAAUAAGGUGGCGAGUGGCCAAGAUCACUGAAGAAAAGCAGUUUGAGGUAGACUUGUCGCUUGUCCUUUGUAUAGAUGGAGCCUGUGACACGCUCACAGUACUUUCAGCAAGUCAUCUGCCGAUACCACUGUGUAACACUCCAGAUCCAUUCACUUUGCCUGGUGACGGCACUGUAGCAGGCUUCAUGACUUACCUUGGAGGUAACAUCGGUCAGUUUGCCAUAGAUGCAGCUUUACAUCAUCUAAAUCUGGCCAGCUUCCUGACAGGAAAGGCUUGCUCCUACCAUAGGCAAGAUGUCUGUGCAAGGUCUUCCAGUGUCCCAAGCAACUGCUCCCUGAUUGGUGAAACCUGUACAGAACUACGAUGCUGCCUGGACCUUGAUCUGAAGAUAGCUGACAUCUCAGCCACGGCCUGGUUCAAGUUUGACCCCUGCGACUUCACCUUCACAUUGGGCCUGGAGAAGUGGUCCUUCCAGGGCUCUGUCUUCAGCUAUCAUUGGGGAAAAGAGAUGACAGUUCCCAUUGCUCCAGGAAUGAAUUUUAGUCUGAUUGCUGAUGGUUUCUUAGAGACAGUAUCAGGACAGGUCAUCCAAGGAGCAUCGCUGGCCCUCUUGUCACGGCUUGGAAUCAACCCAGACUUCUUUAGCAGUCAACCAUGUGUCAACCCCAGCGGACCCCAGUCUAAUACCAAUUGUCCCAGUAUGCAGCUACCUAGUACCCUAGCCUCUCAGGCUCACUGUGCCAUCGUCAACACUUGCUAUGGUGUGCAGUGCUGCCUAGAUGUGAACCUUGGACCGUUGAAUCAUGUACUCAGUACAUCUAUGGUGAUAGAUCCAUGCCUUGGCCAGCUGACUCUAGAGAUUGGUAACUGGCAGCACACUAAAUCCCUCUCCCACCUUGACUUUGAUGCCGCUCAGGAGAUUGCCAUUGGCAACUUUGCCAUGCUCAGGUACACACUGGUGCUGAUGGAUAGUGAUUUGUCAGUCACUCUGUCUGUUGAUAUAUGCAUCGAUGGACAUUGCACUGGAGAACUCAGGAUUUUAGAUGAUGCAGUAUCCCCACUGCCUGUGUGCUACCCUAAUGGAACCAUCUCUUGGAAUACUCUGCCAGGAAUAACCUCCAUGUCUCAGCUGGGAGGUCUGGAUGUUGGACUUGAAGCUGUGGCUACUGCUCUCGGCUUACCAUCUCGUCUAGUCUCAGCCUCACCUUGCCCUCUUGUGUUCCAACCAAGACAGUCUGGAGCAUGUCCACACCUCCCCUCUCUACCCAACCUUCCGUCGGGGGGUGUAUGUCACUAUUCAGAUGCCUGCCUAGGGGUGGAGUGCUGUCUAACAGUAGACCUCGGCAUCAUCAGUCACACCCUGAGGGCAUGGCUGACUGUAGAUCCCUGUGACUUCAAACUGAGUGUGGGGUUUGAGAACUGGAGUUACAAUGUCACUCUUUUGAGUUACAAAUGGGGAAAGGCGACCAGGGAAAGACUGAGUGAUGUUGUCUCACUAACCUUCACCCUUGACAAGAUGGCUGAUAACCGUAACUUCCUCCUGUCCCUCUCCAUCCAACUCUGUAUCGCUGGAGUCUGUGCUCCAGACAUUGUCAUUCUCCAAGACUUUACGACACCCAUACCAUUCUGCAAUCAGAAUGGGACGUUGGAGUGGGCUCAAGAUAUGGGCCAUACUAGAGAUUAUGCAAGUGGCCUAGUGGUGAACCGUCUCAGAGUCAGUGCUGAUGUGCUUCUACCUCAACCAUGUAAUGGUCCACCAGCACAGAUUACACCAGCAAACACAGGGGACUGUAGCUUGCUUACUCUGCCAUCUCCAGUGGCAUCAUUUUGCUCCUGGGAUCAGUCAUGUCUUGGGGUCGGUUGCUGCUUGGACUUUGACCUUGGCGUGGUUCAAAGGUCAUUUUCUGUCUGGGCAAAGCUGGACCCCUGUGCUCAGACUUUCUCAUUUGGAUUUGAGAGGUGGAGUCAUGUGGAGAUGUUGAACAUUCAAGAACUGCAAGCUCAUUCCUUUGAGAAAAACCUUGGACUGCUAAAAAUCAGGUCAGUCAGUUAG